GUAGUCUAGAAUCUGGAGAUAUAGAAUACUACAGGCCUAACUAACUACUAAAUUCUAGAAUCUAGAGUAGAUUCUAACUACUAGAAUCUAGAUCUAACUCUUGUGUUAUGAGCAGGCCUAGUCCUAAAUUAAAAAAAAAAUUAGGAUCUUUGAGGAAUAAACUCUUACAGGAAAUUUAAUGAUGUAUUGUACAGCACCUGAAGAAAGUUUAACUACUCCAAGGAAACACAUAAUUGGUAUUCCAGACCAUGGAUGGCGUGUUCCUUUAACCUAUAAUUGUAAUAUAAAAUGCACACCAUUUGCAAAACCUAGGUUAAAUCAAAUCCCUCAAUAUGUUGGCCUUGGAAUUAGGUAUACCAAAUUCUGGUUGGAGAAAAAGAGACAGGGUAGAAGACCUUUUAUUGAUCAUCUAAACCAAACAAAGCACAAGCCUAUGUAUGGCUGUCCCCUUGGAGGCAUUGGAAGUGGAACUAUUGGUAGAGGGUACAAAGGAGAGUUUUGCAGGUUUCAAAUGGUUCCUGGCAUCUACCAUUAUCAAACAAUUGAUGCAGACCAGUUUAUAGUAUGCAUUAGGAAAAAUGAUGUAACUAUAUACCAAAAAGUUUUGUCUUGUGUGCCGAGAAAGAAAAGGACAGCUCUUAAAUCUUGGGACUGGUCAUUUUCUCCAGAAAACUGUAUUUAUCAUGCACUUUAUCCUAGAGCCUGGAGCAUCUUCUAUAUUCCAGAGCUGAAGAUUACUCUGACCUGUAGACAAAUAUCUCCUGUUAUUCCACAUAAUUACUUAGAAACAAGUUUGCCAGUUGGUGCUUUUGUUUGGGAGGUAAAAAAUGAAAGCAGUGAUGAUCUUCAAGUCAGCAUUAUUUUCACCUUUAAAAAUGGCCAGGGAAUAAAAGAAGAUCGUGCUGGUGGCGUGUGGUGUGAAGGUUUUAAGCUGGACUGCGAUGGAGACAAUGAAGCAAAAGGCGUGACUAUCCAUCAACAAUUCAGAGAUAUGAAAUGCACUUAUGGAAUUGCAGCUAAAGCUACUGAUACUGUCACAGUUAGUGUUAAGAAACAAUUUAAUCCCCGGGGUUCUGGUGCUGAUUUGUGGAGUCAGAUUGAACAAACAGGGCAUUUGGAUAAAGAAGUCAAAACUGAUCCUACACCUCCAACUAGCAAAGGGCAGGAAAUUGCUUCUGCAGUUUGUGCUAGUGUGAUGGUACAGAAAAACUCACAAAGUAAAUGUGAAUUUGCACUGAGUUGGGAUAUGCCAAAAGUACAGUUUGCUGCUAGAGAAAACACAUACACAAGGCGCUAUGCACGACUCUUUGGAACUGAUGGCACUGGAGCUUCAAAGCUAUGUAGUUAUACACUUAGAAAUUACCCAAUUUGGGAGGUUAAGAUUGACCGUUGGCAAAACCCUGUACUUCAAAGCACCUCUCUCCCUGCCUGGUACAAGUCAGCAAUUUUCAAUGAGUUAUAUUUCAUUAGUGAUGGAGGGACAGUUUGGUUAGAUAUAGUCAAGGGAUCAGAUACAGCGUCAUUGCAUGACACCGUCAUCAGAUUUGGCAGAUUUGCUUAUUUGGAAGGCCAAGAGUACAGAAUGUUUAACACUUAUGAUGUCCAUCACUACUCAUCAUUUGCUUUACUUAUGCUCUGGCCUAAGCUCCAGCUAUCUCUGCAAUACGACUAUGGUGACACUGUGACUGUUGAAAUGAGGGAGCGAGUAAAGUUUCUCAUGUCUGGUGAUAAUGGAAUCAGAAAAGUUGCCAACUGUAUUCCUCAUGACAUUGGUGACCCAGAAGAUGAACCCUGGAAACGUGUCAAUGCUUAUAACAUCCAUCCCACCGAUGACUGGAAAGAUCUGAAUCUAAAAUUUGUUCUUCAAGUGUAUAGAGACUACAGUGCCUUAAAAGAUAUGGACUAUUUAAAGUUUAUGUACCCUAAAUGCCAGGUACUAAUUGAAACAUCUAAAACAUGGGACACUGAUGGUGAUGGUAUCAUUGACAAUGGAGGCUAUGCUGAUCAAACAUUUGAUGCCUGGGUAAUGAAAGGAGCUAGCUCGUAUUGUGGAGGAAUGUGGUUGGCAGCAUUGAAAAUGAUGGUAGAAAUGGCUAGCUUGUUGAGUAUUAAAGAAGAUGAGGAUACAUAUCAAGCAAUGUUAAAUAAAGGAAAAGCAGCUUUUGAGCAGAAGCUUUGGAAUGGCACCUACUAUAAUUAUGACUGUAGCACAAGUGGUCACCAUGACAGCAUUAUGGCUGAUCAGCUGGCUGGCCAGUGGUUCCUUAAAGCUUCUUGUUUGAAUGACGAUACGGUAUUUCCCUCUGACCAUGUGACCAAAGCUUUGCUAACCAUCUACAAAAAUAACGUUCUGGGGUUUCAAGGAGGCUAUAUGGGGGCGAUCAACGGUACACGACCUGAUGGGAAGAUGGAUUUAAGCUCACCCCAGUCUGAGGAAUUUUGGGUUGGGAUCACUUAUGCUCUUGCAGCAACCAUGAUUCAGGAGGGCCUAGUGGAGGAAGGUUUCCGCACUGCCUAUGGAGCAUAUCAUAUCUGCUGGGAUGUUCUAGGUUUACAUUUUCAAACACCUGAAGCCUAUACACUCCACCACGGCUAUAGAUCUCUGGCUUACAUGAGGCCAUUAGCCAUCUGGGCCAUUCAGUGGGCUAUUGAAAAGUUCCAUCCACAUAUGGUUCCAGGCUCAGAGUUCCUGGAGCCUGACGAUACAAUGGUGGAUUCUUUCAUGGAUAUGAGUGAAGGGAGAAGCAAGUGGGAUGAAACUGAGAAUGAAACCUUGCAGUCAGAAAGAGAUCUUGAACAAGAGAGUAUUGCUGUCACAACAGAACAGACACAGUAGACUCGUAACCCAUUUGUCUUUCCUUCCCUGGGAACAAAUUUUUUAUUACUUUCUGAUACGGCUUUUAAAUGAUAUUAGAAUGUUCGAGUCAAUUGACAUUUUAAUGGAACAAAACUGCAAGGUUGUUAUAAAAUCAGAGUGUAAACAAAUUCCUUUCACAAAAAUGUUUUUUUCCUUCAAAUACCGCUUUAAGAGUGAUUCCAUGUUACAGUUAAUAGAUUUUAGCUCUAAUCUGCACUUUUUUUUUACUAAUAUUUUAACCCCUAUUGUAUUAUUUUUUGUUUCAAUUUAAAUUUUUAAUGUUUACAUUAUGGCAGUGUAGAUAUUUAAAAUUUUCUCACUUAUAAAAAAAAAAUCAAAUAGAUCAAAACUGUUUUUCUAUAUGUUCCUACAAAAUCAAAUAAUUAGGCCUAUUGUUUUUCAAAUUAUACAUGUACUAUACUUAAAUCUGUGAUACACACAUUUUUAUAUGUACAUUAAUUCCUUCCUGAUAAUUUUAAAACUAAUGACAAAUCUAUGUUACUAUACACUUAUUUUAUUUUCUCAGAUAGGCUAGUUAUUUAUUUCUUAUUUAAAAUUAGAUUAUGAAUUUUUGGUCCGCAGGAUAUUUCAAUCUUAAAUAACUGACUAAAUGUAAAAUAAGUGUAAUAAUUUGCUCAAUUUUGUUUUCUUAUUACAACAGCUGUACUUGUGUUCAUACUUUUAAAAAUCCAUAUUUUAUACAUAUUGUUGAUUAUUGCUAUUAUUUAACCUAUAGAAGGCAGUUACUGCUGGCUGUUUCAUAUUUAACCUAACCAUAUAAGCCUAUGUGAUAGCUGUCUUUUAACUACAGAUGCAAUCUAGUACUGUGCUAAAUAUUCUUGUUAAUUUACUAAUUUAAAUUAUCACAAGACUUAGUUUUAGGGGUCUUCAUAAAUGUCAUCACACCAGUAUAGUAGAUCUUUACCUCAAUUCUUUAUUGUUUCAAAAAUCUUCUAAAAUUAAAUCAUAAUGACUGUGGCACCCCACCACCCACUUUUCAUCACACUGUAUAGAAAAUUUUCAUCAUGUUAAUGUUUUAGGAAUUAAAACAAUUUAGAAAUCAUGCCAUGUACCUACUAUUAGUUGCUCAGGUAGCACAUCCUUGUAAACAUUUUACACCUCCUGGUUUAGUAGGGUCAUAUUUGUGGACAACCCCCACAUUGUUUUGAGAUUACAAUAAUUCACUUCACCUACUUAUUUUUAUUACUAAAGCUGGCCUGGAUAUGCUUCAUAAUUUACUCUCAAAAACUGAAGCUAUCUAAAAUGGGCUGUUUAUUUGCAAUGUUCAAAAGUGAAAUCUGAUGUAUAUCUUUCAGACUUUCCUCAGGCAUGUCUUACCAAAUGCAGUAUUCUUUCAUGCAUGCAAUUUAACUGUUGCUUUUGUUGGGAAGCUUGCAUGGUUCAACCAUCUGUCUCCGUUUUGUGCUGAGCUAAGCAGGUGCCAUUUAGACCCACACAUUUGUCUUGCUAAUCAAUUCCUUGAAAUGAUGGUUGUUGGUUAAUAUUUUCACAUCCUUGUUUAUCAACUAUUGUUUAAUCAUGGCAAGCAUAGUUUGCUUAUGUUAUUAACAGCACAAGUUUAUAAAUAUGCAAGUUUACUUGUGAUUGCUUUUUUAUUUAUAUAUUUUAGCGUCUUUCAUGAAGCAAAGAUAUAUCUACAACAAUGACGUUAGUAAAAAUUUGAUAAAAGAUGCUAAUCAAAAUAUUAUGUCUUGUCACUAAUUUAUUAGACUAAUGAAUUAUAUUGUGCCAAUUAUUGAUAUUUUGCUUAAAUAAUGUUGUGGUAAUCUUUAUUUUAGGUUAAAGCAUCAGUGGUACUUAUAGGGUAUUAUUUAUGUGUAUGUUAUGUUUAAAACUUUCUUUUUUGCUGAAAAGAAAUCAAACAUUUCUACUGCUAUUCUUGUCCAUCAUUUUUUUAAAUUUAUUUUUUUGCUGCUGAAUGCGUUUUCAAAACUCUUUUUGUGCAAAAUUUUGAAUGCAAUUACUCAUCAAUUCUGAUAUUAUAGAUGUCCAGGACUCACAAUUAGAAGUAGUGCCGUCCAUAAAUAGCAUCUACAUUUUUAGAGCAAAUUUUGUUUUUAUGUUUUAACUUAAAUUAGCAGCUGUAUAAUAUUUCCCAUUGCGCUUUUUUCAGUAGAUAAAGCACACUUUUGCCAUUGUAUCAAUAAUUAGUACACAGUUUGAGGACAGUUUGUUCUAAUGAUCAUAUUUCUUGUGGAAAUAAAUCAUUUUUCUAUUUUUAAUGUUUUUUUUUUUGAGAGUGCUUUGUAAGAGUUUUGUAUUCAAAAAUUUAAAGACUAAAACAAGUAAAUAAUGAUAAUGAGUUCUUUUUCUUAAUACCCAACACACAACAUUUUUAGACAAGUUUUUAAGUGCACUUGAAAAUUAAAAUGUAUAUUUAUUUAGCACCUCAAAACAUGUAGGCUAUUAACUUUAAGCAUAGGUUUAUAUUCACAAAAAAUACAGAAUGAUCUGCCACUUAGUGUUUUAUGUCCUUUCAAUCAACAAAAGUGGUAUCAUACACUAAUAAGUACACAAACUGUAUAUUAUUAUUAUUAUGUCUUCUACAAUAAUAUUAAUGGUAAUGUAUUUUAAAGUAGCUUAAAAUAUUAUUGAAGAGGUUUUUAUUUCAAGUUUUACAUCAUAGUUCAUUAAAGAUUAUAACAAAGUGAUUUUGUCUUUUCUGUCUAUUAAAGUAAAUUUAAAAUUGUCUUAUGAUUAUGAUGCAUACUAAGCAAAACAU